UUCGCGGCGUAUCAUCCACAUUCUCCGCAUUUGUCAUUAUGGGCAACGAGAAGGUAGAUCUGAUUAGCGCUGCGAAACCCGAGAAGAAAACUCUGCUAGAGAGGUACAACGUACCGAUCAACAAUCUCUCGUACGAAUACAUCUCGGAGUGCACCAAUGCGAAGACGUUGGAGCACAUCGUCCUCGUUCUGCGUUCUGGCGAAGAAGGAGUAUAUCCAGAUUUGACGAAGCAUGCGGAGGAGCGUCUCGCCAGGAUUAAACCGACGAGCGCUAUUUUGAGAAAGGCGGAGCCAGUUUUGAGACGAAACAUGUUGAGCCCGGACAAACAGCGGGAAAUCGACGACGAGAUUGGCAAUUGGACGUGCCAGAUGCAAUCUCGCGAAAAGGACAUCGGUGAAGAAAAAGCUACUCUCAUCGAUGGCUUUUCUUCUCAGCCGGAAAUCCGAAAGGCUAAAUCAAAUAUGAAGGCGAGGAUCAACGAGAAGAAGCACGUUAAGCCCAAACGAAUAUCUUCGUGCGAUUACGCGGCUUGGGAUAAAUACGACGCCGACACGGAAAUAAACAGGAUAGAUCUGCAGGACGAGCAGCGACAGGCCGAAAUGAAGAGAAUCCAGGAACGGCGUAAGGAGUUGGACAAAACGAGCAAGGCGACGCAUAAAACGGCAGUCGAUAAACAUAUAAAGCUGCAGCUUUACGAGGACGCACUCAACGACUGCAACAUGGCUCUGGCCGAUUACGAAGCUGUCUUGACGUUGGAGCCGACUAAUAAAACUGCGAUAUCGAGCGUGAACAAGCUGAGGAAACCGUGCGAGUCAACGAAGAAAACGAGAAUGAAGAUAGAGGAAGAGAACACCAGCGACGGCGAAGACAAGGUCGGGCCGAUAAAAUCGAAGGAAACUGUGGAAACGAAGAGCACCGCGCGGCCGAAACAGCGUGUUAACAGCAAUAUAUGUUACUGCGACCGAGCGCCGGGCUCGUCGCGAAAUGUCGCGACGAAGCCGCACAUAAAGGCGAGUUACUGCGUGGAAAGCAGCGAGGGCAGCAAAGCAGCAAACGCCGCGGCGAAUAAAAGCAAUGCGAUGACAACGCGCGCCGCUGCGAGCGGCGAUAAAUUAUCACCUGUUGCGAAGGAUCCCGGCCGCGGGGAUAAAACGUCGAAAGCGCGAGACGCCGGGCACAAGAGCAACGACGUUUUCACGAUUCGUUGCGAAUCGUUGCCCAGACCGCGUGCCGUGAGAGACAGCCUGCAGAAGUCUAUUUUUUCGUGCGUCUCGUCGUCCCGAAAGGGAAAAUCGUCGGUUAUCAUCGAGGAACUUCCGAACGACGGAACGACGUGCGACAGACCGAGAGAAGUUAGCGAUACCGACAAAGCGAAAAUGGAAACGAAAGAAGAAACGCGAGAAGAGAAAGGUCCAUUAACGAGAGGAUUAUGUGCAGAUAAAAAUAAAGAAUCAAUUUUGUACGUGAAGGAAAGCAAGGCUAAGAAUAAUUUAACGUGUGAUAAGAUAGCUAACGAAGUUAGUCGGAAGGAAAGCGAUAAAUUUGAAAUGGACGUUAAGAAACUGGAGGAUGUCGAAACGCCUUACGAAUUCCUACGUUUGUGGCAAUCCUUGAAGAACGAUACUAAUUUGAAACCACACGCGCAGCUUUUGCGAUCUAUAGCACAAAAGGAUAUGAAUAAAUGUAAUAAAUUGGAUGGGACGAUGCUCAGUCUUAUCCUGUGUUGCUUGGAAAAACAAUUCUGCACACCGAACGACACGGAUUUGCUUGUGGAUCUGCUGUAUUCAUUAAGCCAAUUGAGUCGAUUUUCCAUAGUUAGCAUGUUUAUGGAUUCCAAAGAUAAGAGAGCAUUGGGCAAUAUAUUAAGUUUUCUGGAAAAAGAGGAUUCACCAAAAAUGUCGCAAUUGCGUCAAAUUUACAUUACUUGAAAAUCU